GGGCUUCUUUCCCGAAUUCUCGCAGCCCUUAGGUAGUGGCCAUGGGUGGGGUGAAGAUGAGAAUCGUUUGGUAUGUAAAAUCUGUAAGUGGACCUGCAAACUCAAACUGUAUCCCCUUCCAAGCCUCUAAAAAGAAAUGAACCCAUUAUCUGGUCCACUGCUCUAAGGAGACAGCUUAGUUCCGGGCUCCCUAUAUUCAUACUGUAAAUUUGGAAAUACGACCGUCAGGGCACUAGCGUUCAAUUCGCGCACAAAGCCGGGGACGUCCCAACUGCUUCACCUGAGGCUGAAACAGGGAAACAAGGUUUUCCCGUCAACCUUAGGAUCCCCCAGUCAGGGUACCAAAAAGGAACAGGGCCCACACUGGCUCCGACCCGUCCUCGACACGUCCCCGGCUUCUUGGCGCCAAAAGAAACCAUCAGGUCCGUCCCCUACCGGAACUAUACGACACGUAAGACACGUAAUCAACAAUCCUCCGCCUCGUUAAAUAGUCCCGCCUGGGUUAUCUCGGACACACACUUUUCCACCUCAAAAAUCCUUCGAUGGAUAGACUAUGAUCCUCGAGGUGCAUUGCCCUUCGGUUCGAAUGUAAACUUGGCUUUUCUGAUCAUUCUCUUCAUAGAUCCCUCCGCCAAAGAUUGUAUUCGCUUAGUCUUCACUUCCGGGUCCGCCAUUUUGUUGCCUCCAUUUCUCCACGAGGGGGGGUUAAAGGCCCCCAAAAUAUGCAUAUAUGAAAAGGCCAAAAAGUAACCGUCAGUGACAGGGAGUGUUAACUAGAGAAAGAAACGGGACCAAACUGGCGGGCUCGGUGAAAGCGCGGCCGGCAGCGUCCCGGACGAGGAGCUUCCCGAAAACAUUUGUUUCUAUGCAUAAAGAUGUCUUUGGUGGAUUUGGGGAAGAGGUUGCUAGAAGCAGCAAGAAAAGGCCAAGAUGAUGAAGUGAGAACAUUGAUGGCAAAUGGCGCCCCAUUCACCACAGACUGGCUUGGAACAUCACCCCUCCACCUUGCAGCCCAGUAUGGUCAUUAUUCCACAGCAGAAGUGCUCCUUCGAGCAGGCGUUAGCAGGGAUGCCCGGACCAAAGUGGACAGGACCCCUUUGCACAUGGCUGCAGCUGAUGGACAUGCACACAUCGUGGAACUGCUUGUUAGGAAUGGUGCAGAUGUGAAUGCCAAGGACAUGCUGAAGAUGACAGCUUUACAUUGGGCUACAGAACACCACCAUCGAGAUGUUGUAGAGCUACUUAUCAAAUAUGGAGCUGAUGUCCAUGCUUUCAGCAAGUUUGAUAAAUCUGCCUUUGACAUAGCCCUGGAGAAAAAGAAUGCUGAAAUUCUGGUCAUCCUUCAGGAAGCGAUGCAGAAUCAGGUGAAUGCUAAUCCCGAGAGAGCCAACCCCAUGACUCUGGCUGCCCCAUUCAUCUUCACAUCUGGAGAAGUUGUCAACCUCGCUAGCCUUGUUUCUUCAACCAACACCAAAAGAACCUCAGUAGGUGACCCCCAUGCCUCCUCAGCACCACACUUGUCACAUUCCACCACCUCAGUGCUGGCCACCCUUGCAGCUCUUGGAGAGGCAUCAGCCCCCUUGUCCAACUCUCACAGAGCCACAGCUAAUUCAGAGGAAGUCAUAGAGGGAAAUUCUGUUGACUCAUCAAUCCAGCAAGUGGUGGGGAGCGGAGGCCAAAGGGUCAUCACUAUAGUGACUGAUGGAGUCCCUCUGGGUAAUAUACAAACUGCGAUCCCUACUGGAAGCAUUGGCCAGCCAUUUAUUGUAACUAUGCAAAAUGGACAGCAAGUUCUAACUGUACCUGCUGGUCAGGUUGCAGAAGAAACUGUAAUUGAAGAAGAGGAAGCAGAGAAGUUGCCUCUGACUAAGAAACCAAGAAUAGAAGAGAGGACAAACAGUGUGGAGGAGAGCAAGGAGGGCACUGAAAGAGAGCUACUCCAACAGCAGCUCCAGGAGGCCAAUCGAAGAGCCCAGGAAUACCGACACCAGCUCCUAAAGAAAGAACAGGAAGCAGAGCAGUACCGCCUCAGGCUAGAGGCUAUGGCCAGACAACAGCCCAAUGGAGUUGAUUUCACCAUGGUUGAAGAGGUGGCCGAAGUAGAUGCUGUAGUAGUGACAGAGGGGGAGAUGGAAGAGAGAGACACGGAAGUGACUGGGGCAGGAGGGACCGUAGAGCCUCAUUCUGGAGUUUCCUUGGAAACCGUUUCAUCAUAAUGUGCGAGGGCCACAACUUGUACUGUGUCCAUCUUUUUCCUCUUUUUAAAAGAAAAUACAGAGGACAGACAUUGUAUAAAAAUUAAGAAUGUCCUUAAGAAGAAAACUAUAGCAGGGUAACAGUGCUUGGGCUCAGGAAGGCUUGCUAAGCAACUGGAAAAUUCAAAGCCAAAUUUAGGGAAUACUUCUUUUGAAGGACCAAAAGAAUAAGGACCAAUUUUCUCAGCUCACAUCAUCACUUUAAGCUUAGAGGGUUAAUUGUUGUGGGUUGAUUGUUUUUUAAAUAACUGACUUUGUAUCAGAAGAUUUUAAGAUAACAUUCCUAGUAUAGACAUGCACAGAGCUUUUUAUAAUUGCACCAUCAAGUGACCUUAAAUUUUGCCUUAUAUUUAUGACGUGUACCUGGUAGAGAAGAAAACUAACUAGGAGGUGGGUGAGAAGCAAACUUUUGGGAAGAGAAAAUAUAUGUUCUGCUUCCAAAGGAGCAGGCAUUCCCCCCAUCCUGAUUUAAUUUCACCGAAAAGAAAUUGGUAAUUGCCUAACUCUGCAUCCAUUAUGUGUCCAUAAUUCAGAUGCCAGUUUAAGAAACUGAAGUGGAAUAUUUAAAAACUGGAAAGGAAAGAAAACUUGUUUAUGUGGGAGAAGUGUAUGUAAAUCCAAAAUCCUGCAGGCUGUGCUUCACAAUGCUGGAAAGUGGCCAGGAAGAGGCUUGUGGGGUUAUGAAACAAUCUGGUCCCGAGAUACAAACUUUGCUCUGGCUGGAUUUUAUAAAAUUGAAAUCAGGAAGAUAGUCUGUUGCUAGAACAACUUGCUUCCACACAUUUAUUUAUAUAAUAUCAACUUUUUAAUUUUAUAAAAUUUUAUUGAGGUUUCUAAGUGUGCCUUUGUGUGGAGCUUACAUGGUAUCCUUCUCAUUGCAAAAAAAGAAGUCGGGGGAGAGGCAGUUGCUGAGGGUGUUGGUGGAGUUCUGUUUCCAUUUGACCUGGGAUGAGCAGAUUGUUCUGUUCCUUAAGGUGGGCUUUUUUGCAGAGCUUUUGUGCCUUGUAGGUGCUUGGUGUGUGUUGGCAAAAGAGUGAAAACUCUAAGUGCCAUAAAGUAAGGAACCAAAAAUUCUGGCUCAAUUAACUUCAUCUGCCUGACUCCGUUCUCUACCACUGUGCCUGCUCCCUUUUCUUAGAUGCUUUUGUGAAGUGUUUCAUUGCUGGGUUUUCUUUAUGCACCAGUUUGGAGUUUUUUCAGAAGGAGGGGUUAUGGAUGGAGAGAGAGCCGCUGUGGAGAAGUUACAUUACAGAAGUUACUGCCUUUGACAUUGGGCCCCCAUCAUUCUAGACCUGCUCUCUUGCUUUAUUGUAAAUGAGAAGAAGAAACCAGAGGAUGUGCCAAGUAAACAUUUGAAUGACUGUUUAGAAUAUGGUUUUCUUAAUUAGCAAUCAUGGGGAAAACAUAUAUUUUUAAUUUGGAGUAAAACUUGACAGUUCACGUGGUUCUAUUUAUCUUGAUUAGUGAGGUAAUUUGCUGCAGUUUUCCAGAGGUGCAGAAUCACUUGGGGCUCAAAACAGACCUAAAACAUAACUCGCCAAACCAAAUUUGACAAACAGAAUUGGUUAUUAGAGGCUUAUAGGCAAAAAUACCAGUUUGAAAUUAAUCCUGGCCAUUGGCCACCACUAGGAGAAAACCACCACUAGGUUUUCUCCAUAGGCUUCAGAGAUUACUCUUGGUUUGGGGGGAAGACGAGAAGCCCAGGUAAGGGCUAGGGUGAAAUUGUGCCAUUUUCUGUCAAGUUGUCCUUUUUCCGCUUGCAAUGUUUUUCUUUUUUCUGACUCCCUUUGUGAACCAGAUGCUAACAAUAAGCUGCUGUUGUGUGCCAUUUCGGAGCCUUAGCCUAACCAUAGAGACAGAUGGACCAAGUGUCAUUUUAGAUAUGUUUGGUUUAUUUUCUUUCUUUAUAUAUUGACUUUAAUUCUUUUUUCCCCUCUUUCCUGUUAAGGGAAUGGAGGUUAACUCUGCAGAGGAUAGCCAGGCCCAGCUACCUGUCUCUCUGGGAUAGCUUCUGACCAGGGCCAUGAGUUGCCAUCCAACACUCCCUGCUGAGCAUACAGAGUUCCUACUGUUUGGGGGAACUUCAGAAAUACUUAUCAUUCUCUUUCUGUAGGAGGCUGUCACCCUCACCUAGAAAAAUCUCUAAUACAGCCCAAGUCAUUUUUGAUGAUGGGGUCUCUGAGAUAGGGAGUUGGGAUAGGGAUAGGGAAAGAGAAAAGAGAAAUGUCUGGAAAGGGAAGAGUAGCAAAAAGGUAUUUGUUGUUAUUUACUUGAAAUACACCUUUUAUCAUCCCAGAGAAGGGAAAUAGGAUUUGAUCUCCAGUUGUAUUGCCAUGGAGAAAAUGGCAGGUCCGGAUCCCUUGAAGUAGGUAGAAAUUAAAGAUGAAAUGCAUUAAUGGCAAUAACAUUUUAUGAUUUGUAUCUUUCAGGAUCAGCAAUGGAAGUUGGGAAAAUGUUGCUAGAUCCCAACUGUUGUGUUGGCAAGAUUGGAUUACAGAGAAUCAAUUAACAGACAGGUGGUUUAGACUUGGUACUUAAGCACAAGAAACUUGGAACCUAGGAUAUUGCCUACUUUAAAAUAAAGCUGCUUUAACAAUAUCAGUAUUAAUUUAUGAAUUUUAGAUUCUACAUUUGCAUUUUGGUUUUAAGCCUUCCCUGAAAAAAGAAAAAGAAAGAAGUCUUAAUAUUUCUUUUCUUAUUCCUAGCUUCAGGGAAAUUACUUAUAAAUAUAUAAAUGUACAAUUCCCUUCCUAUCACUACCUCUGUGGGAUCUCUUAAUUGUAAUGCCAGAGUUGAGGUUUCUUAAUGGAGAUAUGGGAGAACUUGACUUUAGGUUUUCUAUGUUUUGAACUCAGUGCCUUAAAAGAUGUUCUUUUUUUCCUGUCAGAUCCAUGUGUGGUUAUUUUUGGCCUUGCCUUUCCCCCUUCUUCAGCCUUACCAUGGCAUUAUUAAAAUUUUUGUAUCUGCUCAGUAAUGUUAGAAAUCUAUGGCAUACCAAAUUACUUUCUUUCUUUAUAUUGAUAUAAAAGAAAUGAAUUUACCAGAGGGCUCUACAGUCAAAGUUAGGUAUUGUGUGACCAGGGCAUUUUUAGUACCCAUUUGCUGGGUGCAUAUUGGUGUGUACAUUUAUAAAUACAUAUGGAUCUUCCCACUUUUUGUUUAUUUGAGGUUCAGCUUUAAAAUACUUGGCAUAACCUGGAAAUAUUUUCAUUCCAUUAAACACAUUGAAGAGGGUUCCUGUGGCUUCACUAAGGGGGCUGAGGAAGAAAAAGCUCUACUCCGGCCCUUCUCUGAGAGGUAUGCUUGAACCUGGUGUAAUGAGAAACCUGAGGAGUAAACCUCAGGGAGAACCAGUGUCUGGCUUUACAGAGACUUGUUUAGCAUAUGGUGUGAUGACACCAUAUAAGCUAAACAGUUCAGAGCAGUGUCAGGGGUGAAGACAGAGCUGCCCUUCCACAGAGCAAGCCUCCUUUCCACUCCUAUGGCAGCUGUUUUUACUGGCACUUGUAAGAUCUCUUACACCUCUGAACAGGAAAGAAACCUUAGAUAAAGGGGUCAUGGCACAAGGAGCGGGCAUUCUGUACAUCUGCUUCCGAGUUUAGAAAUCUUAUCCUUUUGAGAAAUCAUUUUGAAAAAGCUUGUAUGGCUCUCUCCUAACAAACAUCAUAUGGACUUCCAGAGCUAGAAGAUUUCAGGCAUAUAGUGAACUCUUCCCAGAAGUUGAAUAUUGAGUAGAAGUCAGUUUUUAUCCAAAUUUAUUGGAGAAUGGCCUCCUUGUGCAGACAUCUCUGUAUGGCCAGGAAAGGAGCUUUUAGAAUGAACUCUAUGUCGGCACCGCCUGUAUCCUAUUCCCGGCUCUUAUCUAUCUCCAUUUUAUGUGAUGAAUAUUUUCCAAGUUAGUACUCUAUUUCCUAUCCCAAUAUAUUUAAUAUGAGAACAGGAGUAAGAAGGAUAUGAAUUUGAAUUAAGUAGUUUUGAGCCUCUGGUGCUGCCUUUUUUUUUUUUUUUUUUUUUUUUUUUUUUUUUUGGAAACUCUCUAGGCUUAGUGGGUGGGGUGA